AUGGUCGUGCAAACGAUUGCAAUCUUCAAUCUCGGUGGUCUCCAACUAAUAAAAAGCGACUUCAACAUCUCCCACGACUCCCUCGCCGAGGUCAACCUCGAGAAGGUCGAAACACCAAUUUCACCUGCACCUCCUUCAUCCGACGCUCCAUUCUCCCUCCGCAAAAGCCUCACCAUACUCGCCCAUGCUUUCCGCCGCACCUCCUCCACCCCCACCCCCACCCCCACCCCAGCGCCAACAAUAUCAGACGAAAAGACGCCCCCCGCACCCCCCACCAUCCCCAUCAAGCGCCGCAUCUGGCUCGCGCUGCGCCCAUUCGUCACCGCGCCGUCAAUUGCACUCUUGGUGUCGCUCGUCGCCGCAAACAUCCCCGAGUUCAAGGCGCUGUUUGUGAAGACUCCUGGCGUCAACAUGCCAGAGGCGCCGGACCAGAACCCACCGCUGGACUUUAUUAUGGAUAUUGCGACUUUUGCGCAACCGACAGUGCCAGUUUUGGGGCUGAUCCUGCUGGGUGCGAACCUGAGUAGGCUCAGUAUGAAGGGGCUGCCAAAGGGCUUUUGGAAGAGCGCCGUACUCAUGGCGGUGCUGAAGCUAAUUGUUGGACCUAUAAUCGGCAUAGCCUGGACCACAGGCCUCACCCGCCAAACCAGCUGGAUCUCCAAGGAGGACAAAAUCCUGCAAUUGGUGCUUAUCAUCGGGAGUGCGGUCCCGACUGCAACGGCGCAGGUGUAUCUGACGAAUAUAUUUGCGCCCCUGGGGCCGGAGGGGUGCGUGGAGCUGUCGGCAUUGUCUGCGUGA